GGUUAUGUUUUAAGUUCUAUUGAAGGUCGUGUCGCAGUGGAAUAUUUGGAUCCGAGUCCAGAAAUCCAGAAGAAGAAAUACGCGUUCAAAUGUCACCGUUUGAAGGAAAACAACAUUGAGCAGAUUUAUCCAGUUAACGCUAUUUCUUUCCAUAACGUCCACAACACGUUUGCUACAGGAGGUUCUGAUGGAUUUGUAAACAUUUGGGAUCCGUUUAAUAAGAAGAGACUGUGUCAGUUCCAUCGGUACCCCACAAGCAUAGCAUCACUUGCCUUCAGCAAUGAUGGAACUACUCUUGCAAUAGCUUCUUCCUAUAUGUAUGAAAUGGAUGACAUCGAACAUCCCGAAGAUGGUAUCUAUAUUCGCCAAGUGACAGAUGCAGAAACGAAACCUAAGUGA